AUGUCGCCCCAGCUCAAGCCGUUAUUGCUACCGCAGCUUGUAGAGCGCCGUAAACUGGAGGAGCAGCAUCUCGACCUCGCAGACGCCGACAUGGAUCACCAGUGCAUCUACUACACGACCAACUCGUCCUCCUCCGACGUCGCCUCACCUGUCACGCCGACAUUCUCAACCCGCGGACAUCUGCGGUACUCCAGCUCAUCAUCAUCAAUUGAUCUGACUCAAACCUACUGCAACGAUAGCCCGGCAUCGCCGACAUCAACAUCCCACUCCAAGUCUUCCAAGCGUCCUCUCCCUGAUGUCCAAGAAGAGCCUCUGGAACGCGACGAGUUCGAUGAGAGCACCAUUCUGGCCGAGCCUUUCGAUCUCUACAACUGCCUGUGCGACGAGCCAUGCAUUCACAGCGAAAGCUCCGAAACGCUUCCCAGCAGCGUGUACCCUGCUGACUUUGACAUCGACUACGACCUGGGCUUUGCGAGCGAUGCCGACUACUCUGCAAACUUGGAGAGGAAACGAAGCGGCACUGAGUCACCAUUCUCUGGACUGGCUACGCGCAUUGGGACGCGCUUCCCUCAACUGUCUCGCUUCAAGUCGACCAGGCGUGCGCAACUGACCGCUUCGCCCACGACCGAGUUGACAUUCGAGACCGCUCACCCCGUCUCCCUAGCUGCCUCAAGCCGAUCGUCAUCGCUGUCCAGCCCGUGUGCGCAGGUUCAUGAGCCGUCAAUCUCCACACCUGCGACGUCAUUCUGGGAAAGCUCCGAGAGCGUCGAUAUUCCUGCCCCCAUUGAUAUUCAAAAGGCCAACGAGAGGGAAAGCAUCGAGCGUGACCGCGCUUUAGCUUCAACCCCCCUUCUCCCUCCUCUUCUGACUUCGCCUCAAACUGAAGCGCCUCAACCGAGCCCUCUCCAGUCCCCCACCGUCGCACCGACAAUUCUCUCUAUGGAGGUUCCCUCCACGCAAUCGCUAGGCCACAUUCCGACACCUUCUCUGAGCACAAGGCCUUCGGUGUCUUCUUUCCGCCACGUCCAGUCAAGUCAGGAACUCCCCUUUGGCUACCCGUCCAUCCUCCAGGAUCAUGAUGAGUGGUCAGACCGACUUGGCCACGCGAACUUCAGCAUUGCUCCGCAACCCUACGAACCUGAGGCUGCCACCAUGGAGUCUCUUCGACUCCUCCGCGCCGACUGGGAAGCCGCUCGCGCCAACUACAUGAAGCAUCUCGUUAGAACUGGCGAGAACUAUGGAGAGACGUCCAAGAUCUAUGCCCUCACCGAGGCAAAGUGGGCCGAGAUCGAAAAGAGCUGGCGCGCCUUCCAUGAGCAGACAAUGGAGCGCAUCGUCGCCUCCAGCAAGGUCAGCGCUCAGCCUCCCCAAGUUUCCCGCAGCCGCAGCCGUGGGCGCGGGCGCGUUCGUUCCUCCAGCGGCGGCUCUGCCAUCUUGCGCCGUCCCGUCAACGACGACGUCUUCGCCAACGAGCAAUGGCGCCGUUUGGAGGACAAUCUGCCCACUACGAUGCCUCGCCUUGUCGACACCGAGGGCAAGUUCCCAGAGCGUGGAGACGAGGAUAUCGUCGGACCCAUGGAGCGUGAUACAAAGAUGAUCCGCGCCAGGAGUGAGGAGCGCAAGAGCAGCCGGUUCUGGCGCAGCCUGGCUGGAAAGGUUGGCCUCCGAAAGUGA